GUCUAGUAUGUAAAUCUAAGCAGACAGAUUACAGAAAGUGACUUUUGAUCCUUCCGUUUGUGACGCGACGGACGUGACUCGUGCUUCGAUCGUCGAAAUGGAGUAUAAAGGGUUAAAAUUUGGGACCCUAGUGUCUAUUUUAGUGAUAGUAUUAGCAAUUUAUUACAGGAAAUCAGAAAAUACGUUACAGAAACGAUUGAUCGCUGUACUAGAAGGUCUAGAAAGGGUCGAAACGAAACAUGAAGGAUUACCGAGACCGAAAGUUGCAAUAGGUUAUGGAAUAUGUACCGAUGUUUAUAUCGACGCUAAAUAUUUAUUGAAAUACUCAAACGAUAUUAGAAUUCCUGAACAUUUCGACGAAAUAACUACCGAAAAAGAACUGUUGAAAAGUUUUGCAUACUAUUUUCGUCAUGGAGCUGCGGCAGAACGAUUCAUGUCGAACAGUUCACUAUUUGAGAAACUUGUUUCUCACGCUCGAUCAUUCCCAUCUUCCUACUCAACUAUUGGUGGUAAUGCGCCUGUGAUGGCUCUUAGAUUUGUCAAAGAAGGUUGCGAUGUGCUGCUCGCAGCUAAAAUGACAAAGGCACUUCAACAAAUGAUUCCCUCUAACAUCAGAGUCGUUGGAGGUGAUGUUAACAGAGAUGAUGUACAUUUAGUCCUGGAAUACAAACGUGGUGAAUCAUGGGGACCUUAUACAAGCUCUCGUGCUAAUAGGUACAUCGUGCACAACGACAUUAAUAAUCCUACCAUCAGUUCAUUGGAAGAGUUUGAUAAAUUAUUACCAGAAUUUGCUCCAGACUUGUUCGUCGUUUCUGGCUUACAAAUGAUGGAUAAUUAUCCUUUUCCUGAAGGAGUACGUCUAAGUCGGUUAUUAAAAGUGAAGCAGCAGAUGAUCGCCCAGCCAAAAUCGACAAAGAUACAUUUUGAAAUGGCUUCGUUUACAGAGGAAAGUUUGUUGCUGGAAUUGACUGAGCUAGUCAUACCCUUUGCAGACAGUUUAGGCAUGAAUGAACAAGAAGUUACUAAUUUGCACAACUUGAUGUUGUAUGGAAAUAUUUCAUUGGUUGCUGAUUCAAAUCCGAGAGUAGCUACAGUUUUGGACCAAAUGAGAACGCUGUUCAAACUGGUACGGAGAAACGAGAAGUCAUUUAUGAAUGCGAGACAGUUGACACGUAUUCAUGUUCAUACUUUAGCAUAUCAGGCAAUUUUGAAUGUGAAAAAUUCUCGAUGGAAAAACACAAUGGCUGCAGCAGCAAAGGCUUCAUUAACAGCCAAUCGCCAUGUGUGUGGAUCGAAUAAUGUUGAUGUACAAAAGGCAAUGCUGAUAAUGGAUGACAGUUUUUCAACGUCAACUGAAGCUGGUAUAAGAAUUCCUUUAGACAUUGAAAAACCAGUUUCGUGUUGGGAUGAAGUUUUAAAAGUUGAGAAUGAUCAAAUAUCAGUUCAAGUCUGCGUUGCGCCAGUUUUGGUCUGCACUCAGGCCAGCCAAACUGCUGGUGGUGGCGAUAAUAUUUCGAGUGCUGGUCUAGUGCCCCAAAUUUCGUAAUCUUUUCAUUUGGUGUGAAAAAUAUGCAGUUAUGUUUGAAUAUUUUUAUUGCGUGAUGCCUCAUACCAUUUAUGGACCACAUGGAGCACCAUUAGUGCACGAUAGGAAUUCUUUUCAUUUGCACUUGAUUGAUAAGUCAAGCACCGUAUUUCAAUGAUUCAUUCCGUUUCAUGGCUCUAAUUAAACAAAUCGUUCCAAAAAAAGUUCAGCUUUUUUGUCGCUUUUUCUUAAAACAAUAGACAAUAUUUUAAUGUCAUUCCGCAUUGUUACAUUUCGUAUUUUUAUGGUAUUAUGUUGAGCAUGAAUUUGCCAUUUGUUACUAGAGGAUUCAAAUAAACUCAUUUACUAUAAUGAGGAGAUCCGAAACUAUGUUUGAAGAGAAUGUGAUUCAUGACAAGCUAGUCAUUCCAUUGAACUAGAUUUACUUGAAUGAUUUUGUACAUUAUUUCCAAAUCAUGGAACGUAGAUACUGAUUUAUAAGGCCAAUUGAAUCUUAACGUUUUUAGAAUUUCAUAUGAUUAGAUAAUGUAUACGUUUGAUGUGAAUAAUCCUGUUCUAACAUUCCACAAAGUUCAUCUUGAAAUAUUACACAUCAAUAUCGAUUCUUGGCAUUGAAAUUAUUCAAAUAUUUGCCAUACUUUUAGGAAUACUUUAUUAUAUGAGUUAAUUUGUCACGUAAACAUUUUAUGAUUUAUGGGAAUAAAAUAUAAUGAAACGACUUGUAAUAAUAUACUUAUUAUCGUUUACAACAAUUCAUUAUUUCAUACUAUAAUGUAUUCUAAGACUGAAAUAAAAUUUCGUUUACACAUGAUGAAUAUUUUUGAAUUUUUAUUGGAUUAAAUCAUUAUUAAUUGGCGAAUUGUUCAAAUACUGUACAGCUAAUAGUAAACAUGGGCGUGAUAUAAAUUAAGUCUUUAGUGGAAUUAAGUGAAGACAAUACCAUAGUUGUUUCGGAGUAUCUAUCUUUAUUCAUGUUCCAUACUGCGCUUUAGACAGUUAAAAAUUAUGAAAUUAACAAUGAAAUUAUAAACUAAUAUUGUAGUCGCAUUGAAUACCAUGGGCUUGGUUAAUUUAACUGUAAUCAUCCUAUUAAAUAUUGUGAUCAGUGUUUGCAAUUUGUAAAGAAGAAAAUUAAUCAUGACAUAUUUCAACAUGUGAAUAUUUAAAACCUCAAGUAUAUUACACAACUAAUGUGUGAGAUUGUUGAAUUUAUACAAAUCACAAAACGAAGUUUUAUAGCUUUUCGAAUUCUUCAUGCAGGUUGUUCCACAUCUUCAAUUUAAAUUAUUCCUCAAAUAUCCAGUACGUGGUUUGAAAUUAUUUUCUCUAUUAUUCUGAAGCAGAAAUAUUGAGGAUGAGCCUAAUUUCCGACGAUAUUAUACAUACAUUAUAGUCGACAUGACCAGUAACUACUUGACAUAUUUUCUUAUACAUGAGAAAUGCUUAUCCUAAAGUUCAUGAACACGCGCAAAUGAAAUAAUUAUCAAAGAACUGAAGCAAUGAUAACAUCAAAUUUAUAAAAUUCUAACUACAGUAAACCACCAUUGUUAUCCACACGUUUCCAAUUCAGAUUCAAAUUGAUAUUUAGCUUGU